AUCCAAACUCCCGGUUUACUGUGGUCGUUGUAAGUCUAAAGCGCAUAACCGAUUCAAGCACGCGUCCGGUCCUAGUUGAUUGACCAUUGGAUACUCUAUACUCUAUAUUUCCUAUUGCAUACCAAGAUCCGUCAUUUUCACCAAGGCUUAUGAAGCUAUAAUACACCUGAGGUUGACUGGAUAUAUUUGGUGGGAUAACCCAAAAUUCACCGGACUUCAUCAUGUCUCGGCUGCCAGACCAGCGAGACCUCACCAGAUUCGGAUAUAGUUCCUCGAGCGAAUCCGACGAAGCCCCGCGUAAAGCGAACACGACCAGUUCAAAUAAUCAAAAUCAGAAGAAGAAAAAGAAGCGCAAGCCCCCGCCUCAGCAGAGCAUCAAUAAGAUAUGGAGACGAUUCACUACGAAGCAGUUUACCAAGGCGCUCGCGGUUCUACCCUUCGACCCCGUGCCACUCCCAAGCACCCCGGAGCGCCCGAACGAACUUCUAAUAACAGGGUAUGAGCGUGCGAGAGAAGAAUGCUCGCGCAAAGUAAAGAAGAUCAUUGCAGAAUGCAAGCGUGUCAACACCCGUUAUAGAGAUCCAGGAUUUGACCUAGAUUGGGACCUUAAGUGGCUCAAGGGCAAUUGUCUGAAUUACUUAGGAUCGCGCAAAUUUGACAUAUCGAACUCUAGACUUGGUACUAAUACCUCUGUCCCCAAAGCUGUUAAGCGAGUGCACGAGAUCUUCGAGAAACCGACAUUUAUGAAGAAUAUAAGUGCCGGGGAUGUGAAGCAAGGCUCACUCGGUGACUGUUGGCUCAUUGCGAGUUUGAGCGCAUUGGCCAACGUUGAGGACGGAAUUAAGCGCAUGUGCGUUGAAUACGAUACUCGGAUCGGAAUCUAUGGCUUCGUGUUCUACCGAGACGGCGAAUGGAUUUACUCUAUCGUCGACGAUAAGCUGUACCUUACUUCGCCAUGCUGGGAUUCGCCAAGUAUGCAGCGCGAGAUGCUCCAGCAGAUUGACCGUGAAGAGCCCGAGAAAGUAUACCGUAAGACCUACCAGACCGGGUCCAAGGCUUUGUUCUUCGGCCAGUGUAAAGACCAGCAUGAAACCUGGGUUGCAUUAGUUGAGAAGGCAUAUGCCAAAGCUCAUGGUGAUUAUGGUUCGUUAUCUGGCGGUUGGAUCGGCGAGGGGUUGGAAGACCUUUCUGGCGGCGUCACCACUGAGCUUCUAGCAUCCGAUAUCCUUGAUGUCGAUGCCUUCUGGGAGGAUGAACUUUGCAAAGUGAAUCAGGAGUUCCUCUUUGGUUGUUCUACCGGCCUACUCGAUGGUGGUUAUGGCGAUCGCAACGGGAUCCGCGAGGGACACGCCUACGUUGUGAUGGAUGCUAGAACACUCAAAAAUGGUCAGCGUCUAGUAAAGCUCCGCAACCCCUGGGGCAAGACCCGUAAAGGUAUUUGGGAGGGACCGUGGUCAGACGGCUCUAAAGAAUGGAACAAUGAUGUCAAGGAUGAGCUGGGCCACCAAUUUGGAAACGACUCCGUCUUUUGGAUCACCUAUGAAGAUAUGCUCGAGAAAUAUCAACACUUUGAUAGGACUCGUCUUUUCCGAGAUCCCGACUGGAGGUGCUGCCAGCGAUGGAUUGGUGUUGAAGUACCGUGGAAGGCCCAGUGGAACGAAAAAUUCCAUAUCAAGCUGACGAAAGAAUCUCCCUUGGUACUAGUGCUCCAGCAGCUUGACGACAGAUACUACAAGGGAUUACACGGACAGUAUAGCUUUAGAAUGCACUUCCGAGUGCAUGAACAGGGGCGCCCGGACAGUGAGGAUUACAUCGUCAGGUCCCAUGGUAACUAUCUUAUGGAACGCUCCGUCUCGAUCGAAAUACCAUGCAUGGAAGCCGGUAACUAUUCGGUAUUUAUUAGUGUUGUGGCAGAGCGCGAUACCGAUAUAUCCUCUAUCGAAGACGUUGUCAAGCGUGAAUGCCGCAAGCGCGUGGAAAACGAGAAGCUAGCCCAAGUAGGCUAUGCGUACGACUUAGCCCAUAGCAAAGGCGUGGCGCAUCUUGAGCAGGUCGCGAAGCUCCGUAAGAAGUCGGACCAGAAGAAGGCGAGUUCCUCGCGUAUGCAUGAACGUCGCAAGAUGUGGGAAAAGCGACAUCUAAACCGCGACAUCACGAAGAAGCAGACGAAGAAGAAUCAAGAGAAGCGCGAUAAGUGGCGCGCAGCAGAGGACGAGAAGAGAAAAGCCAAGGCAGAGGCUGAAAAGGCCAAAGCUGAAGCCGAAGCUGCUGAAAAGAAAAAGCAGGAAGAGGCAGAGGCCGCCGAGAAGAAGAAGAAAGAGGAAGCCGAGGAAGCCGAGCGCAAGAAGAAGGAAGAAGAGAAGCCUAAAGAUGUAGCUGUCCAGACAGACGACACUAAACAGAGCGAAGAUAAGAGCAGCCAGACCGAGGAGGCGGUAGAUACCAAAAAGGAGGAUGCUGGUUCCGACUCUGCAGACAAGCCGAAGGAAGAGUCAGAUGAUACUCCAAAAGAAGCCGCAGCGGACGGCCAAAAAGACGACUCAAAGGACAAGGACGAGACCGACGGCACUAAGAAGGAUGAGGAUAAGUCCGCCAAGGAGGCACCUGCGGAGGAAAAGUCUACUGAGGAAAAAGCUGCUGAAACGAAAGUCGCCGAAGAGAAAGCUGCUCAAGAGAAGGCCAAUUCUGCUGGCAACGCCACCCCUGCUAAGACCAGUGGACAAAAACAACAACCCCCUCCAUCCCCUCAAGCCUACUCAUCAGAAUGCGAUUCAUCCGACAGUCCGGUCGAAGACUGGGAACUACUCUACUCAUCGGACGACAUGUCCAAGAAGCCACGGAUGGCUACGGCACCACCUGCGACCACUAACAAUGACAAUGCCGUAGAGAGCGACGGCGAGUCAGGCAUGCCGGACCCAUGGAACGCGAUCUGCAUCGUCGGGUUCCGGGUGUACUCGAAAGACGAGGACUUGGACCUGCGCGUCGUGCUCGAGGGCGGCGACAUGGCCGAGAACGGCAUGGGCGAGAAGGGCCCCGCGGACAUCGACAACGCGCAGAUGAACGCCGGCGGCGAGCGCGCGAAGCAGAACAAGGAUGUUACGGACGAAGUCGAAAUCGUCGACGGCGAACUCGUUCACAAGAAGAAGAUUGUGCCGGAUAAUGACGACGAGCAGCAGAAGAAGAAGGGCGAUCAAGAUGAGGAGGGGAGGAAAGACGAUCAAGAGGUGAAAGAUUAUAACGAGGCUAAAAAGGAGGAGGAUGAGAAACAUGAGGAUGAAGAAGGCGAAGCAGACGUAGAUGCUCACAAGUCAGACGAUAAAGACGACUGUGCCAAAUCAGACACCUCCGAGUCGUCCGUCGACUCGACGCCCAUUCCGACACCCGAUUCCGACUCGGGAGACUGCAGUCCGCAGUACUCGGCAGCCGAAAAGACAGCCGGCGACUCAUCAUCAGUAGCCAAGCCCUCGACUUAAAGAGGGAUAUUAUCUUCCAUUCCAUUCCAUCCAUCAUACGUUUCCCAACGGAACGAAAUUCCCCCAGCAUUGCGUAUUUCUUUUCAACAAUUAAUUACCUACCUACCUAUUUUAUCGCGUUCGGAGCAUGGAUACCUUUUCUUUUUUUUGCGCUCUUUUCUCUCUCGUAUUCGCGGGCAUUGAUAGAUGAUUUUACGAUUUCCGGCUAUAUAAGUCGCUACGAAUAGGACGGGC